AUGACUCUGUUUUUCAUGGAUGCUGGUUUUCAGGUGAUGAUACACCUAAAACUGCGUGAGCUCCCUGCGAAGCAUGUGCUGAAGAUAUGGACAAAAGACGCGAGAGAUAUACUGCCGCCAGAGUAUUUGCGCUGCCAAAAGGAUCAUGGGCCGCUCAAGUAUUCCUCUCGUCGACACAACACUUUAUACCUCUUGGCGCUGGAUGUUGUUAAGUUAGGUGACAUCAAUGUGGAAGCAUAUGCUCUUGCUGAGGAAAAACUGCGACAUGUCAAAGUGCAGCUGGAGCCAGUUGCUGCUGUGAGGGAUGGACUUGGGUUGUCUGAUAAGGAGCUGGACGCAGAUUCAGCGGGUUCCGGCGUUGGUAACAAGCAGCACUUUGGUCGACCUGAGUCUGAGCACACCAUUUCACAGGGAUUGGAUGUGUUCCCAGCUGCAUCAAAGAAGCGGCCGGCUGGGCGCCCUACAACUAGCCGUGACAAGCCUCCAUAUGAACAACCAUCAAAGAGGACUAGGUUUUGUUCAAUAUGCAGACUUCAGGGGCACAAGAGCACGACAUGCCCUGCAAGGGGUGAUGUGCCAAAGGCGCCCCGGAAAUCUCCUCGCUGCUCAAAAUGUGGUUUGACCGGGCAUAGGAAGAACACAUGCAGCAACCCCCCGAAAGUAUGA